AUGCUGGAGCAGGGGGUCAGGGCCCUCAAGAUCCGCACAGCCUUGUCCGAGAAGGACCUUCUCUUCGCAAAGGUGGAGCAGGCCGAGCGCACAAUUGCGUGGAUGACCAUUGAGGAUCGCAGGCUCACCAUCGAGAAGGCGUUUGACAAGGCCGGGGUGGGCGGCAUGGACGAACUGGCAAGAAUCUCCAUCCUCGCAGUCCCCUCGCUCACGGAAGAUGGAGAUGGCGAUGCUCAGUCCUCACAGCCCUCACAGGUGCGAGACAUAUUUUGCGCAGAUUUGAGCGAGCUCCUGGCGUUGCUGAUUGUCGGGGACUCCAACGCCCUGUUACUGGACGAACUGGCCUCCAACACGGUCAGCGUGGGUCCACACACUCAUUUUGGUGCCGAAAUGGCUGACGAACAGCUCGCCUCACAGGCUGACGACCAAGAAAAGCUCUCCAACCACGCUCACCUUUUCGAGCUGAGCGCCACCCAUGACCUCUGCUUCCCACAGUCCUGGAUGCAGAAAAAGACCCAGAAUCGGGUGACCUUGAAAGUUCGCGCUGCCAAUCACAAGCGACAGCCGAAGGCCAGGCGGCCUAUCAGGCGACCAGAGGCGGAGCAAAAGAGCGACUUCAACGACGCAUUCAAGUUCCCCCUCCCGCAGGCCACCCCAGAGUCCAGUGGCCAGUCCAACCCCGCGGGCACAGAGACCAAACUUGAUCCCACGCAGCCCAACCCCCAGCAAGACAUUGACUCCCUACAGGACAGAUUCCAAGACGCAGUGCUGAAAGCCAUGGAGCACAGCACACCCACACAGGGGCAGAGGCCCAAGCACUUCUGGAUUUUCAACCAAACCUGGCAGCUGAUCGAGCAGUGCUCAGAGGCCCGGAAGAAGCAGGUUGAGGCCCGGACCCAGGAUCAAUGCUUCUACCGAUGUUUGGGACAGGUUCCUGGCGAUAGGAUACAAGGCCCAGAGAAUGUGGGACAUGACCAGAACAUCCUGGAACUUGACUCAGCUGUGGUGGAGUCUGGGCAAGUCCUUUUCAGGGCCCACAGCCUGAUGUUGCUACUUCGGCUCUGCUCCUGUCGUCAUGUGCUGCCAGUGCUCGCAGGGAGCACGAUUUCCUAG